GCACUUUGUAACGCACAACUCAGUCCCUUCUCCCCGCCCACUACCUCAAACCCUACCGCCUCGCCGCCGCCGCCAUGGCCUCGUCGUCGUCUCCGGCGAGUAGCCACCCGCCUGGCCCGUUUGCUCUAGGGUUGGAGUCCUCGGCGAACAAGAUUGGCAUCGGCGUCGUCUCCAUCUCCGGGCAAAUCCUCUCCAACCCGCGCCAUACGUACAUCACCCCGCCAGGCCACGGUUUCCUGCCCCGGGAGACCGCGCAGCACCACCUCGUCCACCUACUCCCUCUACUCCGCGCAGCACUCGCCGAGGCCGAUGCCUCACCUGCCGACCUCGCCUGCAUUUGCUACACCAUGGGCCCCGGCAUGGGCGGGCCUCUCCAGGUCGCCGCCGCAUCGGCCCGGGCUCUGUCGCUCCUAUGGGGGAAAGCGCUUGUCGCUGUCAAUCACUGUGUUGCGCACAUUGAAAUGGGCCGCGUGGUCACCGGCGCCGUGGACCCUGUUGUGCUCUACGUCUCAGGUGGCAACACGCAGGUCAUCGCGUAUAGCGAAGGGAGGUACAGGAUCUUCGGUGAGACCAUUGAUAUUGCCGUCGGGAACUGCCUCGACCGCUUUGCGCGGAUCCUCGAGCUCUCGAAUGACCCCAGCCCUGGGUAUAACAUCGAGCAGGUGGUUGGAGAGUGCACGGGAUUGAUGUGUUCUCAUAGGCCGGUUGCUGCUGAUUGAUUUGAAAAAUCGUUGACCUGGUUAAAAUCAUAAACGAAAUCCAAAAUUGAAUACCUCAAUUGAAUGAAAUUGUUUAAAAUGGGAACAUAGUGAAUCACGAAUGAGAGAGCCCUUGAGAAAUGUUGACCAAUUCUAAAUUGAAGACCUCAGUUAAUCGCGAGGCCUUAAAAAUCAGGAACCAUAGUGUAUAGUAUAAAAGAAUUGAAUUAGAGAGCUUUGAGAAAUUGUUGACCCGGUCAAAAUCAGAUGACCCAAUCCCAAUUGGACCCCUCAAUUGAAUGUGGGCUCUUUAAAACUAGGGAGCUUAGUGUUAUAGAGUAUUUGUAGCUGUAUAUGCACAUAUAUGCUCAUUUCUAGUUUCAAUUGUAAUUCAGGCCUAACUGCAUGAGUUGUUUAGUUGCUUCAAGCACUUCGAUCUGUAUGGGUAAUAACAUAAAUAGAUUAAUUAUGAGAUAUAUGAACUAAACUGAGAAUGUGGAAAAUUGGGAUUUUUAUCUGGUUGAUCUGCGAAUUGAUUUUCAAUAUGCCGAGUUGGUGAUACUUGCUUGUACGAGAUAAUAUUUGCAAAUGAGAGGACCAUGUAUUAUUGCAUAUGACCAAUGUAGCCAUGUAGGAUGAUUGCAUAACACAGAAUAAACAAUUGGAUUUGUGAUGCCAUUUUGAUAUUCAAGUCCUUUGGACUGCCCUCUAGAUUAGCUUAUACAAUACUCCUUCUGUUCCUUUAUAUAAGGUGUAUUUGUUUUUUCAAAAGUCAAACGGAUGCAUGUUUGACCAAGUUUUUAGAAAAAUAUAUCAAUACCCACAAUACAAAAUUUAUAUCAUUUGAUUCAUCAUGAAAAGUAGUUUCAUAUAUUAUCUAUUAGGUAUUACAGAUAUUGUCCGCAAUCGUGAUUAUCAUGAAUGUCGUUAGUAAAGGGAGCACAAUAAUGAUUUAAUUGGGGGUGUGCACGACGGCCUUACAACGAACGUGGCUGUACACCGACAAUAUCGACACUUCAAUGUUUCCUUAAUAGUUUCAGUUGCCUUGAGGGACUGUGAUCUAGCCCUAUGUUAGGGAGGCGUCGUGGGAGGUUUGGCUGGAAGCCCGACUUGAACAACGCUGUACACUCUCCAAACUUCUCUUCCUAAACAUCGGUCCUAGUCGAACGAGGCUCCUCGGACAUGGCCCUAGAGCUCCCCGCACGAGGCUUGAACCUCUGUGCACUACACUUGAUUCUCUUGAGAGUGACCGAGUUACAUGCACAUGGGGGCUUUAUAUAGCCUAUGGGUCCUUCACAGAUGAACAAGACUACCAUUGAGAUGGUAGGUGGAGC